GAGAAAGUCAGCUGACUUGUUGCAGUCACUUCCUGUGUUGAGUGGGGAAGGGGAGGAGAGGCAGCGCUGGAGGACUUUUUAAAAAGAGAAGGUCAUAGAUUCAACAGCUGCCUUUAGAAGAAUCUGGUAGAGGAGGAAGGCGAUCCACUGGUCCAGGUGGAGGCUGUAUGGAGAGGAAGGGAAGAUGAGGGGAGAACUGGACUCACCCACUCCAGAAGAAAGAAAAGGCCCUGUUGCCACGGAGGCUGGGAGCAGAAGGGAACUGUGGGAAGGAACCUUGCAGAAGAGCCUGGGAGAGGAUUUUCCCCCUUCAGACGUGCAGCGACAGCAAUUCUGGCACUUACGUUACCAGGAGGCUGAAGGGCCCCGAAAGGUCUGCAGCGAACUCCACCACCUUUGCCUCCAGUGGCUGAAGCCAGAAAGGCACAGCAAGAAGGAGAUCCUGGACCAGGUGAUCCCGGAGCAGUUCCUGGCCAUCCUGCCCCCAGAGAUGGAGAGCUGGGUCAGGGAAUGCAGGCCAGAGACCAGUUCCCAGGCAGUGGCCCUGGCAGAAGGGUUCCUCCUGAGCCAUGCAGGUGACAAGAAUCGAGGCCAGGAGUUUUCCUUUGUGGGACCUCCACUUCUCUUUCAAGUUCAGGAAAGGAUCAACUUUUGCCACGGAGCAACAUUUCUAGAUGAGACUGUGAACCCAACAAUAUAUUCUUUGCCAUAUGUUUGCAGCAGAGAAACAUCAACUUCUAUAUGGCCAGAGCAGGGUCCGGUGACCUUUGAGGAGGUGUCUGUUCAUUUCACUGAGGAGGAGUGGGUUCUACUGGAUGUGGAAAAAAGAAGCCUUCACAAGGAAGUCAUGGAGGAGAAUUUUCAGAAUGUGGCCUUUCUGGCAUGGUCUGGAGUUAAUGUGUAACAACUACACUUGACCACGGAAGUAGGCCAUAACGCUGAAAUGUGGUUGGUCAAGGUCACAUAAGGUCUUUGUACUGAGGCUAUAUUUUGCGCUGUAUUAGUUUUUCUAAAACCAUUUUGUAAUAAGUACAUGUAUUUGUGUGUGCUGUAUAUUUAGC